AUGGCCGGAAGAGGUAACGGAAGAAACGACGAUGCUAUUGCUGAAGCAUUGGGAAUGUUGGCUGGAGUACUCGGAGGGAACCAACAGGGAGCUGUGAUUGGUGCUGACCGACAAUUGGGGAAUUUUCAGAGGAAUAAUCCUCCGUUGUUCAAGGGUGCACAUGAUCCCGAAGGUGCUCAGAAGUGGUUGAAGGAGAUCGAGAGGAUCUUCAUAGUAAUUGACUGUGCUGAAGGGCUGAAGGUGAGAUACAGAACUCACAUGUUAGCAGAGGAAGCUGAUGACUGGUGGGUUACUACCAGAACUGAAAUGGAAGAAGAUGGUAUUGCGUUGACUUGGGCUGUGUUCAGGAGGGCUUUUCUAAGGAGGUACUUUCCCGAGGACAUCAGAGGCAAGAAGGAGAUUAAGUUUCUGGAACUCAAGCAGGGUAACAAGACUGUCAGUGAGUAUGCUUCGAAGUUUACUGAGUUAGCGAAGUAUUAUGCUCAUUAUACUAACGAUGCAGAUGGAGAAUUUUCCAAAUGUAUCAAGUUUGAGAAUGGUCUUCGUGAUGAGAUUAAGCAGGGUAUUCGGUAUCAGCAUAUCCGAAGAUUUCCUGAUCUGGUUGACUGUAGUAGGAUUUUAGAGGAGGAUCUUGCUAGCACUAAGUCGAAUGCUCGAGGGUAUGUUGAUAGGAAGGGUAAGCAAUAG